AUGAAACUGGUGUACCUUGUCAUCUGGUAUUCCCCAAUCGGUGUGCUGUUCCUGGUGGCCCACAAGGUUGUAGAGAUGGAGAACCCAGAACAGACCUUCCAACAGCUGCUGUACUACUUCCUCACGGUCAUGGCCGGACUCCUCGCGCAUGGCUUUGUCUCACUUCCGCUCAUCUACUUCCUGUUUGUCCGGAAGAACCCACUGAAGUAUAUAGCAGGUGUAGCUCAGGCGAUAUUCACAGCACUCGGCACGGCCUCCAGCUCUGCAACUCUGCCAAUCACGAUGCGAUGCCUGGAGGAGAAUAAUGGAGUAGAUCCCCGUGUGACUAAGUUUGUAGCCCCUGUAGGUGCCACUAUCAACAUGGACGGCACCGCACUGUACGAGGCUGUAGCAGUCAUCUUCAUUGGUCAGAUGCAGGGAUACGACCUCAGCAUUGGUCAGAUCGUCAUCAUCAGCAUUACGGCAACAACGGCGGCCAUUGGUGCGGCAGGUGUUCCCCAAGCUGGCCUGGUUACCAUGGUGAUAGUGCUGACAGCAGUGGGAUUCCCCACAGAAGACGUCACGCUUAUCCUGGCUAUUGAUUGGCUACUGGACCGGUUCCGAACCGCCAUCAAUGUCCUUGGUGAUGCAUUCGGAGCGGGAAUUGUGGCUCAUCUGGCCAGGAAAGAACUGGAGAAAAUGGAUAAGGAUGUAGAGACUGGACAAGGAGAGAUCAACAAUGGCUAUAUAUCUAGCAUACUCGAGGAGGAGAGGCUAUAAACACAUGAUGGUUGCCGAAUUUUCUUACAGCCGUUUCCCUUUAUCUGGAAGUUGAAGGACUGACUGACUGACUGACUGAGUUUAGUUUUACGCUGCUUUUAGCAAUAUUCCAGCAAUAUCACGGCGGGGGACACCAGAAAUGGGGCUUAACUGGAAGUUGAAGGAAAUGUGAGUUGACUUAGCGGUUAAAGCGAUAGCUCGUCACGCUUAAGUCCAGGGUUCGAUUCCCAAAUUGGUGUACUGUUUCAUCAUUACCUGUGCCUUGUAUCGUGACGGCGAUUCAACUGUCUUCUUAAAUAGGUUGAACAAACCCGAUAUGACAGUCGUGAAAGGUAGAAUGGCUCCUUCGACAUAGAUACUAUUUACCUAGAUACUAAUGUUUGAGGUAAUCCAGAAAACCCUACUGCCGUCUUGAAUCUUAUCUCUUUCCAUGCGUUUCUAUGACGAAUAGUGAACCCCGUUAUACCAGACACCCUCAGUGAAGUCGCAGGAGGACUACUUUUUAAAACGGAUAUAUUGUAAAUUGAGUUUUAUUUAAGUGAAUUAACAAUGAUUCGUUAAUCCGGAUAUUUGUUAUUCAGGACGAUGUUUACUAGAAGGAUCAGUGUCCGGUUUAACGGGGUUUGACUAAAGCGAGCCCUUCUGGUGAUUUGGUCGAGUAGAUGUUUGAAGUUAUUGUGAAAGACUUGAUGACCGUGUACAUUUGUCAUGUUUGAUUUUAAUUAAGUAAGUGAAAGACUACCAGUAAUAUUUCGCUGAAAGAAUAGUAUUUUAUGGCUUAAGUUGUUUACCUGCUGAAAGGAUACCCCAUGUUCAAACUUUGUUCACAUCCCAAUGUCUUUCAAUAAUGUUUUUUUGUCCUUUGACAUGUGAAAAAAUAUUAGAGACGUCACAGGGUUGUGGUAUGUGUAUGUACAUAGUGUAAAUAGAAACUCUCAGUGUGUAACAUGUAAAAUAUACGACUCCGUUCCCAUAAUCUACACACAGAAAAACCACAAGAUUUACUCCGACAUUAAUAGAUGGAGAGCAAGGACCAACGGGGUUGACUAUACGAUGUAAACAAGUCUUUAUUUAACCCAACACAGAAGAAAACAUAUUUGUUUGCGCACAAUGUAGACUUAAGUCCUUGUACAGAUGUAACCGUUUAUAUAGGCAUGGGAUAUUCCUUUACUCACUGUGCAAUCAGGAAAAACAGAUAUUACGUGAUAUACAGGGUUUAUUCAAACAUGUGAUCAAUACCGAACUAGGAUAUACAAUAUUUUCGAUAUUUCUGUACGGUCUAAAGAUGCCUUCAUAAAACCUGACAUUUGUUUCCGCUAAAUACAGACUUUACCCAAUUUUGAAAUGACUGUCUCUUAUAGUUAUACGGUAAGAAGGGUUGUUCUUUUGAGUGCAAUGCUGAAAUAACACAGGUAUUGUCUUAUGGUUACUGAAAGAGGUAAUAAAUGUGAUAGGAACGGAUUUUCUAUACGAUAUAAAGAUCGUAAAACCUUAUAAUGAAAAAACGUAUUUGUAUACGCAAAAAAAUUUUUUUCAAACACGCCAUGUUGAUACGUUUGGACACCUGCCGGCCCGAGCCAUGAUGAAGUGAUUCUGAAACCAAUCAAGGCCAGACGUCCUGAUAAAUCAAACAUCACACCACGAGGUGCCUUACCCACACGCACGCACGCACGCACGCACGCACACAGAGGGAAUAGUGAUCUAGAAGCCUGUAAAUGAUUCCUUAGAUGACUUCAAACCAUUUUAUGGAACAUAGUUCUGCGAUUAUAUGUUGUUGAAGCUGUUAUACAGUGGGCGUAUAGUAGCGCAACGCACACGUUCAUGCGCGCGCGCGCACGCACACACACACACGCUGAAUAUUUUCACCACCCCACGAAAGGUUCUGCCAUCGGUAGGUUCGAAUCCUACAAUCCAUGACCUGUCGGCACCAUCCUUAGUGUUUAUCAAAUUUACCGCCUACAGCCUGCCGUUACUGUUGUAUUACAAGGACAUUAAGCACUGAAUACAACAGGACAUCACGUGGCAAGCCAGGAACUCCAGGCACUGCGUGUCCAAACCUAUUCUCCAUCCAUCCAUAUAAACAGUAGGAUAUUGCUGCAAGGAAAAUGCGGAAUACAGUUCUCCCUUAAACAUCAUGUGGCAAACCAGGAACUCCCGACACUGCGUGUCCAAACCUAUUCGCUAUAUCUAUACAAAUAAACAGUAGGAUAUUGCUGCAAGGAACAUGCAGGAUAUAGUUCCCUGUCUUAUCCCCAAAUUUUGACUACCUCACAGUUUAAGAAUACUUAAAUAUGUCUCCAUGUUAAGUUAUAGAACUUACCAUUCGCAGUUUUGCUAAAUCUGAACAUAUAGAGGGAAAAUUAACAAAACAUUCUAUGAUUCUUUGUGACUUUGUGAUUUUUACAGAAACGUACGGUACGGCGCGAUUUUUGUGACAACUCGCGUUAUUCCGGGGUGCGAACUCGCGCGGAGUGAAUGUACUUAAAACAGUUGUUCCUUACAGUAACAUGGGAUUCUUAGUAGAAAAAUAAAUGGAGAUCAUUGUUGAAAACCCAGUUGUUCAACAAAACCUACAGGACAAAUCAGUGCCUAUGACGCAAAGCGUUUUUGAGCAGUAAUCCCGACUAGUUACGGAAAGGGGCGAGUGGUCACGAUUUUAAGGCAUUGAAACGCACAGUCCUGAUAUAAACGUUGUGCUGAUAUAAACUUUGACAGGCGUUAUACUUAGAUUGUUUUAUAAUUAUAUAUAAUAUUCAGUUUUUGCCUUUACUUUGUUCGGUCCAGCCGCAAUAAUUGUUUUAAAUGUACGUUUUAUAUUAGUCGACUGCUCCAAUCAAAUAUAUGUACAGUAGCUAGGUUAAGCUACCGAGAAAUACAUCUGUUUAAAUAGUGCUCUUAUUCUACUGUCAGUUCUUAAAAGGGUGUCUAUAGAGGACUGAAUACCGAAAUCUAACGAAAUUAAUUUUUUUUAUUGCUUCAGAGCUAAAUAUUAUUUUCAGAAUAUCUCAACACAGUUUCAACUUCUUCAUAUUUUGGUAUUAUUGUCAUAUUGUAUGUUGUUUUUAGUAGCAAUAACGUUCCAGUCAUAUUUGACACUUUACAUAAACUUUACAGAAUUACAAGUUCCGUUUUAUUAAAUAUCUUGUUUAUGUCAUAUUUGUGUAUGAAUCAAGGAAAUUACAUCCACUGGUUGUAUAUUGUUUCAGUUGUAUAUUUACUCAAUUUUAUAAUUUUAUAUUUAAACAGAUGAAUAAAAUAUUUUCAAGUAG